UUAAUUGCUUGGCUUCAGAAUAUGAAUGAGAGCCGAGGAUCACUCAACUUCACACCACUAGAAGGUCCCUUUAUUCCGCUAUCCUCCCGUCUCCCUCUCUCUCCGCUAUUACAGAAUUAGAAAACAGUUCGUAAACCCUAAUUAGCAAUCAACAAUGGCGAACUACGAUCUUACUCCAAGAAUUGCGCCGCAUUUAGAUCGUCAUCUAGUAUUCCCUUUACUCGAAUUCCUUCAAGAACGUCAAUUAUACUCAGAGGAUCAACUACUCAAAGCCAAAAUCGAUCUCCUUAACAAUACUAAUAUGGUCGAUUAUGCCAUGGACAUCCAUAAGAGCCUUUACCAUACUGAAGACGUUCCUCAAGAGAUGGUCGAUAGGAGAGUUGAAGUCGUUGCGAGAUUGAAGGCCUUGGAGGAGUGUGCUGCUCCUUUGGUUGCGUUUCUUCAGAAUGAGGAGAAAGUUCAGGAAUUGCGACCUGAUAAAAUUUAUAAUCUUCAGAUGCUUAAUGAUCGUUAUCAGAUUGGUCCAGAGCAGAUUGAGGCGCUGUAUCAGUUUGCAAAGUUUCAAUUUGAAUGUGGAAACUAUUCUGGAGCAGCUGAUUUUCUCUAUCAGUACAGAGCCCUUUGCACCAGUAGCGAAAGAAGUCUCAGUGCUUUGUGGGGAAAACUUGCAGCUGAAAUUUUAAUGCAAAACUGGGACAUUGCCCUUGAGGAGCUUAAUCGUUUGAAAGAGAUAAUAGAUUCUAAGGCUUUCACAUCUCCUUUGAAUCAAGUGCAGAGUAGAAUAUGGCUGAUGCACUGGAGCUUAUUUAUCUUCUUUAACCAUGACAAUGGACGAACACAAAUAAUUGACCUUUUUAAUCAGGAUAAGUACCUCAGUGCCAUUCAAACAAAUGCUCCUCAUCUAAUGCGUUAUCUUGCUACUGCGUUUAUUGUUAACAAAAGGAGAAGAUCUCAGUUUAAAGAUUUUGUUAAGGUGAUCCAGCAGGAACAAUCUCCUUACAAAGAUCCCAUCACAGAGUUUUUGUAUAGUGUCUAUGUUAACUAUGACUUCGAUGAGGCUCAAAAGAAAUUAAGAGAAUGUGAAGAUGUCAUACUAAAUGAUCCAUUCCUUGGAAAACGAGUUGAGGAAGGCAAUUAUACUAUUGUGCCUCUAAGGGACGAGUUCCUUGAAAAUGCACGGCUUUUCAUUUGUGAAACAUAUUGCAAGAUACAUCAACGCAUUGACUUGGGGGUCCUUGCUGAGAAAUUGAAUUUGAGCUUCGAGGAAGCGGAAAGGUGGAUCAUGACUCUCAUACGCUCUUCUAAGCUCGAUGCCAAGAUCGACUCUAAGUCAGGCACCAUAGUGAUGGAGCCCAAUUACCCUAAUGUGUAUGAGCAGCUUAUAGACCACACUAAAACAUUGUCAGGUCGUACAUACAAAUUAGUCGGCCAACUUCUUGAGCAAGGACAGGCACAAGCAGCAAGGUAAUUGUCAAAGUGGGUACCGCAAUGGCCAGUGGGUUAUUCUGUGUGGUUAGUUAUUUGUCUUUAAGAUUGCAGAGUUUAUGUAGAUCUCCUAAACUUGCUCCGAUACCUGGUUGAAAUUUUCGAAGAAUUGACAAUUUUGACGGGAAACAUCAACUGUUUUGUUUCUUACUCUUGGUUAAUCUAACAUGCUUAAUAGCUGUUCCGAAUUGCAAUUUUGUUAAUUUUGUGGAAUGUACUAUGCACCCUCUCGUAUAACACUAAUUGAUAGUUUUAGUUGAAGAAAAAUGAACACAAUUGAAUUGUUCUGAAUUCUAAAGCAGUAUUGGUGCA